AUGAGUUUGUCUGUUUGCUCCGAUGACCCACAGAAGAGAGCCGAGAUACGAGACGAGAUUGUGUGGGAGGAUCUCGAGGAGGAGAGGGAGAGGCUCUUUUAUUCAAAUCUUCUUCCCGACGAUAAGCGCAGUUGUGUUGGCGCCUCGGAGCAGCAGGAGCGAGAGGCUUUGGCGGCGGAUCCCCUGACUCUGACUUUAAAUCGUUACUAA